GUCAUGUUGCUAUGAUGUUUGUUCCCAUUCAGACACUUGACGCUGCGUGGUUAUUGUUAGCGUUAGUGUUUCUGGUCGCUUUCAUUAUCUGUAAAUUCUCUCUAAAAUUACCGGGAGACCUCGAGCACAGUUUCCAGGAUCUUAUUCGUUACGGAAAAACUAAAGCAGAGACCCAGCAGCCCAGACUCUUCCCCUUAGUUUAUGUUCCGAAAAGGUGGUUCUGGCAUUUCUACGCCGUGUCUGUCCUCUGGAAUGGACUUCUCCUGGGUUUCUCCAUCCGCACUGUGGUCCUCGAGAAGCAGCUCCCUGACUUCCUGUCAGAUCUUCUUGGUGUUUUGACUGGACAACCAAAGGCUGCCUGGACUGAAGUUAAGCUGACAGUCUUGGUGUUACAAGCUCUGCUGUGGACCCAUUCCCUCAGGCGCUUGCUAGAGUGUCUGUGGGUCAGCAUUUUCUCUAACGGACUGAUCAAUGUUGUUCAAUAUGCAUUUGGUCUCAGCUAUUACAUCCUACUAGGGUUGACUGUCCUGUCUUUAAACACCUCACUACCUACAGAAGGGACCUCUGUUCUGACCUCCUCACAGUUCAUAUGGCACAUAGCAGGAGUCCUGCUGUUCCUCUGGGCCUCACUGCUGCAGCACCGCUCACUCUCACUGCUGGCCAGCCUGCGCACGAGCACCUCAGGUCGGCUGGAGACUUUCGCCCACAGGAUACCACGUGGAGGCUGGUUCGAGCUCGUGUCCUGUCCUCACUACCUGGCUGAACUGCUGAUCUACGCAGCCCUGAGCGUGUGCUGUGGCUGCGUCUCUGUCACAUGGUGGCUAGUGGUGCUCUACGUUCUCUGUAAUCAAGUUCUGGCGGCUCACCUCUGUCAUGAAUAUUACAGAAACACAUUUAAAGCAUAUCCAUCUGACCGCAAAGCCAUCAUUCCAUUCUUAUUCUAAGGUUUUUUUUUUGUAAACCUGCUGAAAUUGUGCAAUUUAAAUAUGCAAAAAUGGAGGAAAGAUCAAUAUAAUGGAAGACAAAGUAGUCUGGACAUCAGUUUGUAAUCAAAUCUACAACUUGCCAUUGAACACACUGAAAAGAGCCAUACUCCUCCUCAUCAUCAUCAUCACUUUCUCACUCUGUUGUAUGAAAAUGCUCAACUUUGUUACUCAAAAGGCAACCACUUACCCUUCACCUAGCAACAACCUGGAAUACAGCAACCAUCAAGCAACACCUUCACAACCACUUAGGAUACCAUAGUACCUGUCUACCAACAAGAUAGCAACCACCUAUCUUUCACCUAGCAACAUCCUAGAACCAACUGGGAUACUACAACACCUGCCUUGCCAAACAGCAACCACAUAACCAUCUGGAAUUAUACAGCAUUCUCCACCGAGCAGCCACCUGCGGUAAAAUAGCAAUCAACUACCUAACAAUCGCUUGGGUUAACCAUAGUACCUGCCUAGCAACACUCAAGCAACCACCUGGGUUCCAACCACCAUCUGUUUAGUCAUAGAAGCCACCUAGUAACCUCUUAGGAUCACUGCCUGAUCGCUCUGCAUUUUCUUUAGGAAAGGCACUUUAGAACUGACUGAAAGCAAAAGUUCCCAGAAUGUGUGUAUGACUGACACUGGGGUCUCCCUGACGACAUAACUUGUGAAGUACUAGAACAUGUAGGAAAGACAAAACCACACUUUUGUCAUUACAUAGGAGUGUUAUGUACGCUGGAAUCUGUGUAUUAUACCAACUGUCACGUAUUUCAUGUGACGGCACUCUCAGCUCCGUAUGUUAGCAAUACAUAAUCCAACUAAACCUGAACUGUAACCACACAGUCGACAGCGUGCCAAAUAAACACCAGCAGUAUCACAUAACAGCCAUCAUAACGUUUGUAAGAAAUACAAAACGGCACCUUUUCAGA